AUGAUCCGCGACCCGUUCGGCAUCCACAGCAAAAACGUAUUCAAAGAUACAGCGUUGCGAGCGGCGCAGAAUAUCCGGGAGGCAGCGACGCAGGCGAGCGCAAAUGCCCUAGAAAUGUCGUUUUCCAUGCCCAAACACGUGCCCGACUUUGGGGAUCCUAGUCGAGCACUGGAAGACCGCGCCUGGGCGGCUCUGUCGCGGAGAGGCGGUCCGGGAGUUCUAGGGAGUGGCUUGUUCGAGUCGGAUACACUACCAAUGUACAAAGACAAGCCGUAUGCCUAUGCGCCAUCAAUGCGACUGCGGCCUUGGUGGCGGCGCAAGAAGGUGCUGGGGACGUUGAUGGCGGCGGCGGUGUUUGUGCUAUACAUCAUGGGCUUCUUCUCGGGACAUCCCGAAGCCAAAUCUUCCGGGUCGGCGUUCUCUUGGCUGCGUCUGUCUCAGGAUAGGGACCACGUGGACUGGGACGAACGGCGGCAGAGCGUGGUCGAAGCCUUCGAGGUGAGCUGGGAUGCCUACGAACGCUAUGCAUGGGGCAAGGAUGAAUUUCACCCGGUUUCGAAAAGCGGCAGGAACAUGGCGAAGAAGGGCCUUGGGUGGAUCAUCAUAGACGCUCUGGACACGAUGAUACUGAUGAACUCGACAUCACGCCUGCAACAUGCACGAGAAUGGCUUUCCACAUCGCUGACCUGGGAUCAAGACCAAGACGUCAACACUUUUGAGACUACCAUCCGUAUGCUGGGUGGGCUGCUCUCUGCCCAUUAUCUAUCCACCGAAUAUCCCACCCUUGCGCCCUUGGUCGAGGAUGACGAAGGGGCUCCCGGGGAAGAUUUAUAUCUCGAGAAAGCUAGAGAUCUGGCGGACAGGCUACUUUCUGCCUUUGACUCUGACUCUGGUGUCCCGUAUGCUAGCGUCAAUCUGGCAGAGUACAAGGGCCUCCCGUCUCAUUCCGACAAUGGAGCUUCUUCCACGGCUGAGGCCACGACUCUUCAGCUAGAGUUCAAGUAUCUGGCCAAGCUCACUGGCGAGAAGAAUUUCUGGGACAAGGUUGAAAAGGUGAUGGAGGUUGUCGAUGAUAAUCAUCCGGAAGACGGUCUUGUGCCCAUCUACAUUUACGCGGAUUCGGGCGAAUUCCGAGGCCAGAAUAUUCGUCUGGGAAGCAGGGGUGACUCUUAUUAUGAGUACCUUAUUAAGCAAUAUCUUCAGACGAACAAGCAAGAGCCCAUCUACGAAGAGAUGUGGAAUGAAGCUCUCGCGGGCGUGCGAAAGCACCUGGUGACCUACACGGAGCCUUCCGGCUUCACCAUCAUCGCUGAGCGCCCAGACGGCUUGGAGUAUGCGAUGUCGCCGAAGAUGGACCACUUAGUUUGCUUCAUGCCAGGGACCAUUGCGUUGGCGGCCACCGGUGGCAUCACUGAAGUUGAGGCGCGGAAACUGCCCACUUGGUCCAAGAAGCAGGACGACGACAUGCAGCUGGCAAGGGAGCUCAUGCAAACCUGCUGGGGCAUGUACAAGUAUAUGAAGACGGGCCUGGCCGCCGAAAUCACCUACUUCAACAUUCCCAACCCGCCGCUGGAGGAAUCGGCGCCCCAUCAAGCGCCGGCCGAGUUGGACGAGGAUCCGCACGCCGAGUGGCGCAAGGACUUUGUGGUGCACUCUAACGACGUGCACAACCUGCAGCGCCCAGAGACUGUCGAGAGCUUGUUCUACAUGUGGAGGAUCACCGGCGACGUCAAGUACCGCGAAUGGGGCUGGGAAAUGUUCAAAUCGUUUGCCAACUAUACUGCGGUGGAAGAUCAAGGGGGCUUCACGAGCCUGCUUGAUGCCAACACCAUCCCGCCAAUGGUUAAGGAUAAUAUGGAAAGUUUCUGGCUGGCUGAGACACUCAAGUACAUGUAUCUCCUCUUCUCGCCAAACGACUUAUUGCCUCUGGACAAGAUUGUGCUGAACACGGAGGCUCAUCCGUUUCCCAGGUUUGACAUGGGACCGUUGUUCUCCACUGGAUGGAAGCGAAAGCCUCCGGGUUCGAUCAGCAGGACGCCCAAGACGACUGACCAAAGAGUUGGAUGA